UCGAGAGGGCUUUUGGACCUGGAGGUUAUUUCUGCACCAAUAGAAGACAAAUAUGGACAAGGUACCCCAACAAUCGAUGGUGGUCUGUAUUGUGUACAACAUUCUUAUCGAAGCGGACGUAGACUUCAACAUGGUACCCCAACAGUUAGUGGUGGUCUGUGUUGUGCACAAUAUCCUUAUCGACGCGGACAUAGACUUCGUCGAUUCGUCUUCAAGUGGUUCUUCACGGGAUUCGGCGCGCGAGUUCAACAUAGAGGCAUUAGACCCGCUCACGUCUCAGGACUUUGCAUGGCUUCCUCUCCCGACCACCGGCCGAUUGCCGGGACCGCAAUGCGCAGCACUUAGCGCUAAUCUUCACACUUACCUAUCCUUCUAUGCACCACCAACUUCGCCGACGGAUGACGAAGUCGCGGUGGGGGACAUCUUGGCGUAUACUACCAAGGUGGCCCGCGAGUUUCGCACGCAGCGGUACGAUGACAACAACGCACCGCUGAUGUAUGUCCGCAUUCAGGUUGGGCAAGCGUCCUGCAGCGCUUUGCUGGAUAGCGGCGCGACUCGCAACUUCAUGAGACAAUCCUUUAUGCAAAGGGCUGGCCUUGGCACACAGGUUCGGAGGAAGGCAAACCCGACGACGAUCAAGUUGGCGGACGGUAAGACGCAACAAAUUCUCGACCGUUACAUCGAGGCCGUACCGGUCUACUUCGCACCUCAUGCAUGCGAACCGGUCACGUUCGAUAUUCUCGACAUGGACUUCGACAUCAUUCUGGGAAUGCCUUGGCUUGCAAGUGCGGAUCACACGGUCAACUUCCAUCGGCGGACUCUUAGCUUCGCCGAUAUCUUCGAGUCACCUACCGGUGUGGUGCCGGAUCGGCCGAUCUCUCACGAGAUCAUUCUUGAGGCCGGUGCUGUGCCGCCAAAAGGUUGCAUCUAUCGGAUGAGCGAGGAGGAGCUUGAGGUACUCCGCGCACAACUCGAUGAUUUGUUGGCCAAAGGCUGGAUCCGCCUGAGCAGCUCCCCAUAUGGAGCACCUGUUCUCUUCAUCAGGAAGAAGAACAAGGAUCUACGAUUGUGUAUCGACUACCGCAAGCUCAACGCGCAAACCAUCAAGAAUGCGGRGCCUCUUCCUCGCAUCGACGAUCUUCUCGAGCGACUGGGCGGCGCGAAGUAUUUUUCCAAGUUGGAUUUGAAAUCGGGAUAUCAUCAAAUCUCGAUCCAGCCGCACGAUCGCUACAAGACCGCGUUCAAGACACGGUACGGGCAUUUUGAGUGGGUGGUCAGGCCUUUUGGCCUCACCAACGCCCCGGCGACGUUCCAGGCGGCGAUGACCAACGAGUUCCGUGCAAUGUUGGACCGGUUCGUGUUGGUCUACUUAGACGAUAUUCUCGUCUACAACCGGUCAUUGGAGGAUCAUCUGGGGCACCUUCGACGAGUGUUGGAGACGCUCCGCCGCGCCAAGUACAAGGCCAACCGUGACAAGGCAUCAGUCCGCUAUUCGGACAAGAUUCAGGCCGUCCAGGAGUGGCCGGAGCCUCGGAACGUCACAGAAGUUCGCUCGUUCCUUGGUCUUACCGGCUACUAUCAGCGCUUCAUCGAAGGCUGCUCCAAGAUCGCGGCCCACUUGAACAAGCUUCAGUGCGAGGAUCAUCCGUUUGACUUUGGAGAGGAGGCGCGGGGAUCAUUCCUCGCUCUCAAAGCCGCGCUAUUGUCUGCGGAGGUCUUGCGAAUCUACGACCCGCUAGCACCUACGCGUGUCACUACGGAUGCGUCAGGAUAUGGCAUUGGUGCAGUCCUCGAGCAACAUGAUGGUGUGGACUGGCACCCGGUCGAGUACUUCAGCAAGAAAGUGCCCCUCGUGCAUUCCAUCGACGAUGCAUGCAAGAAGGAGUUCCUCGCCUUCGUCCACGCGCUCAAGCGGUGGCGGCACUUCCUCCUUGGUCGAAGCCAAUUUCGCUGGGUAACGGACAACAAUCUGUUGGUCUUCUACAAGACCCAGGACACCGUCAACAGCACCAUCGCUCGAUGGAUGGCUUUCAUCGACCAGUUCGACUUCUUUCCCGAUCACAUUCGAACCAUUUUGCGGAUGCUCUUUCACGGCCGACGUCAAGCGCUAUUGCGAGUCUUGCGAGGUUUGCCGACGCUGCAAAUCCCGCAACCAUCGUCCGUACGGCGAGCUACGACCAUUGCCGGUCCCGUUGAGGCGAAGGGAAGCGAUUGCCAUGGACAUUACCGGCCCGUUCCCCAGCACAAGACCGGAGUGGAUGGGAUUCUCACGGUGGUCGACGGACUCACCAAGUUCGCCAUGUUUUUGCCUUGUCGCUAUCAUGCCAAGGCACCGGGGUUGGCCGAGGUUCUGUACGCCGGUUGGAUUCGCACCAAGGGUUACCCCAAGGAGAUCGUCUGCGACCGCGACACUCGGUUCAUGUCCGAUUUUUGGUUGGCGCUCAUCAAGCGAUGGGGCUCAUCUCUCAAGCCCAGUUCAGCUCGCCACCCUCAGACCGAUGGUCAGACGGAGAGGGCGCAUCAGACCGCACAGGUUCUCCUUCGCACUCUCAUCCGCCCCGACCAGAAAGACUGGGUUGAGCGACUGCCGGAUGUUGAGUUGGCCUACAACUCUUCCAUCCACCCGGCUAUUGGGAUAUCGCCCUUCGAGUUCGAGCACGGCUCGCCGGUCACUCCACUCACGAUCGAGAGCGACGACCAUCUUCUUUUCUUGCGUCGGAUGCAAGAGCUUCUUGUCAAGGCACGCGACCAGAUGGCUAAGACACAGCAGCGCAUGAGCCAGCAGGCAAAUCGCCAGCGUCUCCCUUGUCCAUUCCGCGCCGGGGACCUCGUCUGGGUUUCCGCCACGGAAUUCAGCCUUGAACAAGACAUCUCUCGCAAGCUCCUUCCGAAAUGGAUGGGACCUUGGCCGAUCAUAGAGCCCGCUGGGGAYGCACCCGAAGGRCCUUCYUUCACGAUUCRRGUGCCUAGCCACUUGCCCGUCUACCCAGUCUUUCAUUGCUCCAAAUUGGCUCUCUACACGCCUGCGGAGCAUGACGAYUUUCCCGGGAGACGUACACAGGACCCUCCUUCCAUGGAUGGUUUUCAGGAGGUCGACGACAUCAUCUCCCAGCGACGCUUUGGCAACAAGCCAACUGAUGUGAAGUUCGUCGUCGAGGCACCCAGAGGCAUACGAGGAAACCUGUUGGACAGCUUGGACUUACUUCAGUCAAAAGACAACUUCAAGUCAAGCCGUAGGGUGCUGAGAGACCGAACAUUCUCGGAGCUCCCCCUGAUCGUCUACAGGAUUUGCCUUUUCCAUGCCUUAGCUCAGGAGCGCCGAGCAUUUGGUCCACUAGGGUGGAAUAUCCCGUACCGCUUCUGCGGUUCUGACUUGGACCUUGCAGCUGGCUGUGUGAUUCGGCUUCUGAAGCGCAACUUGCUGCCAUCAGAUUCAAUGGCUGUGCCGGAAAACAAUUGCCCCAGGGGCAUGCUGGUUCCGACAGCAUUGCAUGAGGGCGACAUUUGCCUGCCAGGCCAAAUCCCAUCCACAGCAAGCCACACGGUUAAGGACGGCAGAGAUGGCAUGCCACCAAGAGGCUUAAAUAGUUUAAAGGUUCCCGCAACAGGACAGGUACAGGACAUGGCUGGAAGCAGGUCCAUCAGUCUCGAUAACAAGCUGACAGAGGAGCUAAAGGGGGUACUGUACAUGGUGGGAGGAAUAAUAUACGGUGGACGGAUCAUGGACAGCUGGGAUGAAAGACUUCUCAAUGCAAUCCUUCUGGACUGCUUUGCUCCAAGGGGAGAGGGCAUGGCUACAGGAUCCACUGCAACUGAUUACUUGCCACCUCGGAAGGGAAGUCUGGAAUAUUUCCGGGGUUUCGCUGAGCGACUUCCUGAGAUUGACCACCCAAAUAUAUUCGGGUUACAUGAAAAUGCUGCAAUUGCUUCAGUGAGGGACAAGGUUCAGUCAUUGUUUAUGACAUUGGUCUCACUGGAGAGCCCUGAUGUGACACUCUCAUGGCCAUGUUCAAAGACGUCACGCUCUAGAUCAUUGGAGAGGAGUUGCUCGAUUGUAGUUCCUAAUUUCAUGGAGGCAACUGUGGCAAAGAGGCUGACAGAGAUCCGCGCAAAUCUGCUAGACCCGUUCGGAGAGAGGACUGAGUUAACUCAGGCUGCUCAUAAAAUGGAUGACCCGAUGGUCACAGUGAUGAACCAGGAGAUGCAACACUAUAACAGGCUGCUGGAAGUUAUUCUGAGUUCCAUAAAGGAAGUCGAAGAGGCCAUGGCAGGGUUAGCGAUCCUCUCCCCAUCCCUGGAGAAUCUGGUUCACAGCAUCGCACUCGGUCAGGUUCCCCACUGCUGGUCACAAUGUGCUUAUACAAGCUAUAAACCCCUGGACCGUUGGAUCGAGGAUCUGAAUCAGAGGCUUCAAUUCAUGCGCUCGUGGAUCAAUGAGGGACUGCCAAAUGUUAUCUGGAUAUCAAGGCUCUGUUUCCCUCAGGCCUUGACAACGGCAGUUUUGCAACAGUAUGCGCGCAAGCACAACGUCGCCAUUGAUCGUUUAGGCAUCAAGACCGUUGUUUGUAACCACUCCGUUGAAGAGAUAAAGAGCCCUCCAGCUGAUGGGUGCUACGUAACAGGUCUUUAUUUGCAGAACGCUCGAUGGGAUAAAAGGACAGGAUCAUUGGCAGAGGCUAGAAUCAAGGAGCUCUUCAGCCCCAUGGGAGUAAUAUGGCUGAAGCCGAUUAUCCAACGCAUGGACGAUGGGGAUGGAGAUGGGAAGGUGGUGGCGAAGAGGAACCGACUGUCAGAUGGAGCAGUUGACAAAGACACGGAGACGUAUCUGACACCUGUCUAUAGAACUCAAGUCCGCGGAGGUAUCAGGACGGAGGCGGUAGACUUUGUGACUGCCUUGGAGUUGCCUUGUGGACAGUACUCUGCAAUGCAUUGGACAUUACGGGGUGUCGCACUGAUCUGCUCCUUGAAUGAGUAGUCGAUAAUCUAUGACACGAGUUCAUCGUCCUGUUCUGGUUGGUCAAAUCAGUCUUUGUAUAAUAUCUGACACGAGUUACAUCAUCGGGUUUUCAUUCGCCAAAUCAGUCUUCUUAUCCCAACGACAGUAUUAGCAGGACAGUGAACAUAUUCUACUGUAACAGUUGUGGACACUGAGGUUGUUGGUAACUUACAUGGUUUUGUGUCCCCACAGGACGGCAACAGAAGUGCUAGCAGGCACUUCCUGGAAUGCGUAGUCAGACAAUGAGUCGGUCAUUCAUUCAGUCAGUCAGUCAGUCAGUCAGUCAGUCAGUGAAUCAACCAGCAAUCUGGCA